AUGGAAGAAAAUGUACAGAGCAUUGCACUCUCCCUUGUGACUAAAAACGAGUUUGUCACAGGGGAACUAUUGGAUAACGUUCUCAAACUAUUUCGUGAAGAGAUUGUGCGUGAAAUCACUUCACAAAUUCAAAAGUUUAAAGACGAAUCACCUAUGAAUACGAAACCUAUCACACAAUUGGUUCAAAACCCAUCUGAAAAUAAAGAGGACAAACUUCCAAACACGGAAAUUAUGAGAUCCAACAAUUAUAAUCGAACACCUGUUGAGCAAACACAAUUAAUGGGAUCACCAAAUACUACUUAUAACACAACAACUAUCCAACAACAACCAACGCAAUUGAAAAACAAUCCAAUUCCACAACAAACACAAUUUGAUAAUUCAAUGGUGACAUCAAGAAUAUACCCAAUAGUCGAUCAAAACACGCCACAAAUCCCUUUCCAACAAACAUCUCCACAAAUUCAACAACCCCAAAUGCAAGCCAUCAAUCCUAAUUUCCCACAAUUUCCACAACAAAACCCAAUCACUCGAAGCGGUCCAAUGUCCUUUGGGCAACCAGUUAUUGAUAUCAAUACCCCACAACAAUACCCACAAACUUCACAAUACCCAACUUACCAACAAUAUAAUCAACCAAUAAAUUACUCACAACCAUUUCAACAAUAUCAACAAACAUAUCCUUUCAAUUAUACAUCACAAAGAGAACAUCCCCUCGGCUUAAGAACUAAAGUUUACCAACCAACUUUCCCACAAAUGAAUCCAACAAGUCGACCUUCUGUUCAACAAGUUCCGUCUGUAGUCAAAGAGUAUUCACCGCAGCCACAAGUCUAUACAAAACUCUCUUCUAACAUUGGAGAUGCUGAUAUAGAGCUGAUUAAAUCGUGUGAAGGCUAUUUUAAAAAUUGGAUACAAUUAACUACUUACAAAAUUAACUUUGACACAAACAAAGGCGUCGAAGACGAAGUGACAAUGACUCAAAUGUUUUAUGACACCGUCUACUUCAAAUCAAAAACUAUGAUUGUCGUGUUUGCAGAUGAUUGUGCCUUUGGAUAUUACUCAGAGAGCGGGUCUACCUCAAUGUUUUAUAACAGCGACUUCUUCUUUGGGCUUCGAGGAAAGCUGAGAAACUCAAACAACAAGCCAACGCGCUUCUUCGGAGAUCAGUUUGGUAAAAUGGUGCGGUUCAACGUGUUCAAAGACAAAGAAAGUGCGAGCGGAAAGGAUUUGUUUGGUUUGGCUAAAGAAAGAGAAAACGUGUUGAUUGUUCGAGAUCCAUCAACCCAAUCUUAUCACAAAAAUUUGGAACAAACGUUUAAAGACAAAGGAAAAAGAACUUCUUUGGUCACUUUCUUGCCAGAACGAAAUGAUUUUGUUGCGAGAAGGAUUAUAGUCCUGUCAUUCUAG